CAUGUCAUUUAGCAGACGCUUUUAUCCAAAGCGACUUACAAUAAGUGCAUUUAAACAUUUGGGUACAAAUAAGAAGUAGAAGUAAGUAAGAGCUUCAAGUAAGCCAAACUAUGCAGUGCUAGUCAUAAGUGCGAUAUAUAAGUUUUUUUUUUGUUUUGUUUUUUGUCGUCGUCGUCUUAGUCAAGGUAGAGUCGUAGGAAAUGUGUUUUUAGUCGGCGGCGGAAGAUGUGGAGGCUUUCUGCUGUCCGGAAGUUGAUGGGGAGCUCGUUCCACCAUUUGGCUAGGACAGUGAACAGUCUUGAGUUCUGCGAUUGCCUCUGCGAUCCUCUCAGUGAGGGGGCAGCAAGCCGGUUUGCCGAUGCAGAGCGGAGUGGGCGGGCUGGGGUGUAGGUUUUGAUCAUAUCCUGGAUGUAGGCUGGACCGGAUCCGUUUGUAGCAUGGAACGCAAGCACUAGAGUCUUGAAGCGGAUGCGAGCAGCUACAGGAAGCCAGUGAAGGGAGCGGAGGAGCGGUGUAGUGUGGGAGAAUUUUGGUAAGUUGAAGACCAGUCGAGCUGCUGCAUUCUGGAUCAGUUGCAGAGGUCGUAUGGCACACGCAGGGAGACCAGCCAGGAGUGAGUUGCAGUAAUCCAAGCGUGAGAUGACAAGAGCCUGGACCAGAACCUGUGCCGCCUUCUGGGUUAGGAGAGGCCGUAUCCUUCUGAUGUUGUACAACAUGUAUCUGCAAGAUCGAGCUGUUGCAGCAAUGUUGGCAGAUAUAUUCACUACCGAUACUCGCAGCAUCAUUCUUACUAGUCAAAACCACAGUUACAGAUAUCUAGUCACAAUGAAAUGACAACUCCUGUACUCUGUAGUGUGUCACAAGAGGAACACGGUUAAAGGAGCAAUUCCAUGUUAUAGUCAACAAGUUUAAUGGUGGAUGCUGUUUAGAAUCUGAUCAGCUGAAAAACCUUGGAAGUCUGAGCAAAUCUUAAAAUCCUCUUCAGAGUAAAGAAAAAAAGCAAUAAUAAAUUGACUCAGUAAUAGUAAGGUGUACUUGGAAGAAAAGGCAACAGGAGUGCGUGUGUUUGCAUAUUUUUGUGGCAUGUCAUAAAAGGAGAGUAAAGAUGGAUUAUUGAGCUGGUGAUAAGCAGUCACCAUGCAUACACAGAUCAUUAAAGUCUCAGUUAAAGCCACCUGCACACUCACAAGAUCUCAGACCAGUUACCAGCAUAGGUAGUGAUAGAAGUAGCAUUAAUUCAAGACUUGUACUGGAUAAUUACCUAGAUUUGUUUAGAAUAACUAGCAAACUAAGGGAAGAAUGCCUUGGACUAACAUCUGCCUUGACUGAUGGCAUAGAUCAACUAUGCAAAUAUUAUUUACUUAGCACUGUUUUAUCCUACGUGAAAAAGAAAUCUGCCCGCAGAUCUGCCUCCACAAAUGACAAUGAAGAAAGAUUGUGUUUGCUGCUGCCCAUCCCUGAUCCCCAGCAGGGAAACCACUCAUUUCUAUGUACUCGGUCUGCUCAUUGCUCUUUACAUGCUGGCUGGUGCUGCAGUAUUUUCUUCCUUGGAGAGACCAGCAGAGAUACAGGCUCACCAGCUCUGGGAAAAGAGGUUAACAGACUUCAGCCAUGAGCAUAAAAUUAGUUGUGAGGACCUGAAAUAUCUGUUGCUGCAUUAUGAAGAAGCCAGGACAGCAGGCAUCCGGAUUGAACAAGGCAGAGCCCUGUGGGACAUCUCUGGUGCCUUCUACUUUGUAGGAACUGUUGUCUCCACCAUUGGAUUCGGAAUGACUGCACCGUCCACUGUGACAGGGAAGGUCUUGCUUGUUUUCUAUGGACUGUUGGGAUGCUCAGCUACCAUACUCUUCUUCAAUCUCUUCCUGGAGAGAGUCCUAACGUUGUUGAGCCUCCAGAAAUUCUGGUGCCACAGACGAAGGAGCACUCACAGAGAACUGGAGCGAAGUGUGGGUGACAGACAUGAGGAAUGGAAACCAUCUGUGUACCAAAUCACACUCAUCCUUUUUGCUGCUGUCCUGCUGGUUGCAUGUGGGGCUGCCUCCCUCUAUUCAGCCAUGGAGGGCUGGACUUUCCUGGAGUCACUCUAUUUUUGCUUUGUGGCAUUCAGCACUGUGGGCUUUGGGGACUUUGUAAGCAGCCAGAGAGCACAACAUGAGGACAUCCGGGUGUACCAAGUGGCUAAUUGUCUCCUUAUGCUCUUAGGAGUGUGUUGCACUUACUCCCUCUUUAAUGCCAUCUCCGUGAUCAUCAAACAGGGACUGAACUGGUUGCUGAAGACACUGGCCUGGGUGUAUAGGGGAAUCCGCCACUUUAGACUGAAACUCAAACGACCAUUCAAACUCCACUUUACUGACUCUGAGCAAACUGUACGCUGUAGUGAAAAUGACACUCUACAUAAGCAACAAGUGCAGACAUUUUCCAGCUCAGCCCACAGUUUGCUGUGGCAUUUCUGUGCCCCCAGCGCUAUUGGUAAAUGUCUUUGCGAUGAGGCUACAGUAAAAACAGUCUGCCACAGAAGCUAUGAUAGGAUGACACAAGGCGAGAGGAAAGGUGAAAAUAAUGUUGUCUCAGUUCAGUGAAACACGGCCGAUAUACUCUGAUUGUCUUGUAAAGAAUUGAUCACAUUUCAAGCACAAAUCACCAAUUUGACAAUGAUAUCAUGACAUGAACUACUACUGUUAAGAAGUAGAAAAUACAGGAACACACACAAUGAACAGUUUUGCACAUCUUAAAACCAACUCUUUCAAACAGCACCUGCACUUGACCUAAGAAGAUGGCAUGAUAUGACGACUUAAAAGACAAAACAAUAUAAACAGCAUUUUCUCAUUUCCUUAACCCAAAUAGUGUCAAUUUUAAAAGUCAAUUUCCUGAAUGGUCUUGAUGAGGAAAAUAAAAAAAUAAUGACAAUCAAGUUAAUAUUAAUCUAUAUUCUUAUAAAUAUACUAUGUUCAUGUGUGAAGUCACAAAAGGUUUACAGAGAGCCACGUUCGCUGAGUGACCUGUGAGGUUAUGAUACGUACAUAAUAUUGGAAAUCACACAAAUUGGCAGCCACCCAAGGAAAGAGUAGAUGACAGGUGCUUGGCUGAGAGCCCAAGUAUUCCAAAAAACUGCUAACUCAGUAAUAAAAAUAGCCAAUUAGAGUGAGAGGGGGAAAAAAAAACCUCACAGUAAUAAAAACAAGGAAGAGAACAGAAGCUGAGACACCUGUAAAUCAGCUUGACAUGGGCUAAUGACAUGAUACAAGAUCAAUAAAAAGAAAGGUGGGGAAGUGAGGGGGAUGACCUACUUUUACUGUAUAAAUAAAAUACUACCUAGUACCUGGUACCAGGUAGUAUUUUUAGUACCUGCUCAGGCGAGGUUCCAAGCGUGCUUAAAAGCAGGUACUAUGCGAUGAUUGGUCAACGUGGGUUAAUCUCCAACAACUACCAGGGAAACCUCUAUAUUUAACAGGAGUCUUUUAAAGUGGAGUGGUGUAUUUAGGGACAACGCCGCUGAUCGCGAGCCACAGACCGCUGCCGCUGUAGUCUGUGGAGUAGGAGGCUGUACUCGGGAGACGUGUGGACAGAAAUCAAGCUGAACAGUGCCGAAUUGUAGAUAAAUUAACUACUUAACAAUCCUAAAAACAUGGGUUAAUCUCCAACAACUACAGAAGUGUGGUGUAAAGUCACUAGUCACUCGUGUGUGUGUGGGUGUGUGUCGCGUAUAAAACGAAGUCACCGCAUAAAACAAGUCACUGCAGCCGUGUAGUGAUAACUCCGCCCACGUUAAGUAGGUACUUUUUUGUAGUGGAGAUGCAACCUAAUUGUGCCGUGUAAAGCUGUGCAAUACUGCAAAAUUGAAAUACAGGGCCAGUAUUGCCGAUACCGAUACCAAUACCAAUACCGAUACUUUUCACUACUACCACCUACUUUUGUGUAGGGGAGAGAAAUGUAUCAUGAUUUAUUAAGUGAAUGCAUCAUCAAUAUGCAAAUUUGACUGAAAACUUGAAUUUUCAUGAUUAUUUAAUUAUUUCGUAAAUUUUCCUUUAAAGGGGACAUCAAUGCUUGUAUCGCACAUAUAUGUUAGUUAUGGAGGUCUACUUACAUAUAUUAACUUGUUUUCAUGGUUAAAAACCUCCUAGUCACUGCAAAUGAGCCGAUCAAAAUAUCUCCUCACUGACACUCUUGUCAGCCGCGCUGUUUCAGACCAAAAUCACACCCCCAGAAUGUGGACUGUGUUGUGAUUGGCCAGCCAACGAGAGCUUUCCCACUGUCCUGUGAUUGGCCAGGUACCUGGAAGUGACGUAAUUGGUAGGCCAGCUCUCAGAUACACAGCUCCCCCUACGGCACGGUCGAUGCUCUGCAUCUCAGCAGCUACAAUGAGAGUAGUUCUUCUUCUUCUGCUGCGGUUGAAUGUACGCAACCGGAUGUGCCCCGGACUAGUGCCCGCACCAGGAGGCGCUACGGUGGUGAGAUGAGUGGUGAGGUAUACUGAUGACAACAUCAACAUAUGGAAGUGCCAAUCCGCUUCGCAGAACCCAGGAAAACAAUAAAACCCUAUUUUCUCAGCAGUGGCUGAACUGUUUGUUCUGAAACUUUAGGGUUUCAUAAACGAGGUAAUGACUAAUGACGCAGAUACACACAAAGAUUAGAUAUGGUUCAACCCUAGGGAGAUCAUAUGCAGUUUAGAGGACAACACACCACUAAAAUGGACACAUUAGAAUCGCCUGAUAACCUGGGGCCAUGGGUGUUUUUGUGUGGUUGACAGGGCAACCAGCACAACAAUCCCUUCUUUCUCCUAACACUUAACAAGUAUCACUGCAUCCGCCUAGGAGGUAUAUCAGGUUUUUGUAAUGGUAACGCAUGACACUGAGUCAGGUGGUGAUUCAUACAGUACAUUUAUUUUUAUAUGUUUAUUUCGGUCACU